AGGACAGAUCACGCUGCACGCGUGGUCAUAGCGACAAACAGAGAGAAAGAGUCUAUCGACAUAGAGGAUAGCUAGGGAGAUAUUCGUUUUGAUGUUCAUGUUGACACGGGCCGCAAGGCUGUGAGAAAGCGGAUAAAUGUCGGCCCGGCCAUACUUGGCACUGUUGCAUGUUCCGCCAUCGUCAUCGCCGACACCGAGUUGGGAGGCUCGACUCAGACCUCACUGCAAGACGCAGACGAUAUCGAAUACUCUCGAAGUUCAUUCCAGUACUACCAGUACACAACAUCCGACAAGCGAAUCACUCUAUAAGGCUACCGAGUGGCUACUGUACCAUCACGGCAGUACACAUACCACAACCAAGCCUUCCAUCGAGACCUGACGCCUGAAACACCAUCCUCCGUCGCUACAGACAGAGACGGGUAGAGAACCCACGUCCAUCUCCGCGACAUAGCUACUGCACUCUACAACACCAUAUAACUACGACAACAUGUCUGGCCUUGAAAAGGCACUCUUUAACCUCAAGUUUACAUCCAAACAGCUCAACCGGCAAGCCGCCAAAGCCGACCGCGAUGCGCGCGCCGAGCAAGCGAAGCUCAAAAAGGCCCUCACCCAGACUCCUCCGCAACCACAGAUCGCCCGACUGUACGCCAUGAACUCGGUGCGCAACUCGCAGCAAAGAAUCCAACUGCUUACACUAGCGGCUCGAAUAGACGCAGUUGCUGCGCGCGUCCAAACCGCCAUCACCAUGCGGACGGUGACCGGGUCGAUGGCACAGACGGUCAAGGGAAUGGACGCGGCGUUGAAGAGCAUGGAUCUGGAAAAGAUCGGUGCCGUCAUGGAGAAAUUCGAGGCGCAGUUUGAAGACCUUGAUGUCGUCUCGAGCUAUUAUGAAGGUGUGGCGGGCGGCGUGGAGAGCCAACAGGUCGGCGCGGAAGGCCAAGGCGAGGUCGAGGCUUUGAUGAGCAGAGUUGCCGAUGAGGCGGGCGUCGAAUUGUCCCAGGAGAUGCAGCAGAAUGUGCCGGAGCAUGAGCUGGCUUCUGGGGAGUCGGCGGAGAGGGCCAAACUCGAGGAGGGGCUGGGUGAUAGGUUGAGGGCUCUGCGGAAUUGAUUCCCAUGCUUGGAUUUCCAUGGUUUAACGCAAGCUGCGGGUUUCUACACGAAGAGCAGUUCUAUUCGGACAAUGGCUGAGUCUUUAGUGGCGCAAGGGAGUAUGGGGGCGUUUCAUAUGCGAAGUUCUCUUCGCCAUUUUUUUUUGGCUCUGAAACUGAUUCAAAUUUAUGUUUAUUCGCAUGAAACAGGGUAUCAAAGUUCCAUGUUCUACAGUCCCUUAACUGCCAUCGCAACUUUAAGAGCUCGUCAGGGCAGAGUCCAGUGUGGUUUUCCACUGGUGCCACCUCCGCUCCGCCAGUCCAACAAUUUCCAGCACUUGUUCCACGUCGACAUUGAACCCGCCGUUCUUUUCGAUCCGCAGUAUUGACGGUGUGUUGGUUUUCGAGUCCCUGAUGUCGACAGUGAUACACCCGACCUCGGCACAGGCCUCCUCUUCGAACCCAUCCGUGUCCAUAAGCACCCAAUAGUUUUCUGUGUGCUUGCCAACCACUUGAGUUCCCAACACUCUCUUUUCAGGCACGAAAACGCCAAAACUGCUCGGUACAGGCAUCCCUCGCAACGAAAGUCUGCGGGCAUCGCUCACCUCCGCGGAACAGAGCACCUGUUCCAGAUCAGGGUCCCACCACGCCUUGGGGAUCAGGGUAUCUUUCAACGCCGCAUAGAGCGCCAGCCACGCCGCGUCGAACAGAGAUCCUCCAUGGCUAAUGCACAUCAUGUCAAUGUAUAGAGUCCAAUAGGCUUUCAGCUGGGGGUCGGUGUCGAUGCCGAGCUCUAGAUUUUCAGGAUUCGAUGGUGGAGUAUAGAUGAUUUCCAGGUCAGAAGACCUAACGAGCUGCGACGUGUGCAGUAGUGACAGCAACCGCUGAGAUAUCGACUGUGCUUCCGUCGACGGGGCCGCGUUGGCCGGAUGUCUCGGUGAACAACCUGUGCCUAGCUCGAUGUUGGGAACGACCAAAUUGUAUAGCGAGAUGGGCGAGUAUUCUCCUUCGCUGUCAUUGUCGUCGUUUUUGUUCCGUGU